AUGAGGCGUAAGCCUCGUAGGGGAUAUUUAGGGGGAGAACAUGAUUAUUUUGAUUUUGUUGAUAUAGAUAAAUUAAGUGUGUUGGAAAUGUGGGGAUAUGCAGAAAAAUUGGGAUAUAAAGAAGCGAAUAGUGUUAGAUUUUGGUUGAAGUACGGUAACAACUUUGAUAGACAAUGCAAGUGUUUGGAAAGUGAUAAGGAUAUAUUGUGGAUGACAAAACAUAUUCCAGAUAAUUAUGAACUCGAAAUAUACUUAGAACAUCUAGAUAUCGGGCUUAACCAAGAUCCUCAAUCCAAUAUAAUUAGUAGAAUAAAAGAUUUAGGUGGUGAAGUUCCUCGGGCUAGCGAUUGUGUAGAAGGUGAAAUGGAAGAAAAUGAUUCUGAUUUUGAUGACUUAGAUAAUGAAGUUGAGUUAGAGAGUGGGGUACUCGAGGUUGACAUUGAAGGUAGGAUGAAAGGACAAUCUAUUGUGGAUAAUUUUACAGUUGCUGAAGAUGUUUUGAAAACUUUACAAAAAGAAGAUGGUGAGGCAGAUGUCAUGGGUAAUGAUAGUAAGUUAAAUAAUGGGAUGGAAAGUGAUGGAAGUGAAAAGGAGGGGACAAACCAGUUUGAAAUAUAUAAUUCAAACACUGGUGGUGAAAAUCCAGAGCUGAAAUUGGGGUUGUUGUUUAAGUCGAGGGCUGAGGCUAAGUUUUCCAUUGAAAGCCAUUGUUUUAGGAGGGGGAUGAGUGUGAAAUUUUCAAAGAUUGACAAGAGUAGGUUGAGAGCUACAUGCAAGAAACAGGGGUGUGAGUGGUUCGUGCUCGUGUCCAAGGUACAGGGUGAUGAAGCAUGGAAGUUGUGUAGCAUGAAUGAAGUUCAUAGCAAAUGUGGAUGGACUUAUGACAACACAAGUAUUAAGUCUUCCUGGAUUGGGAAGACAUUUAUGAAAAAGUUGAAGGAGAAUCCGAAGUUGGAUCCUGGUGCUUUUAGGGAUGAAAUAUGUAGAACAUUGAGGUGUAAGGUCUCGAUGUCGAAGGCAUAUAGAGCUAGGAGAAAAGCUUUAGACUUGUUGCACGGGUCUAAUGUGGAGCAGUAUGACUUGUUAUGGGAUUACUGUAAUGAUAUUGAGAGAUGUAAUCCAGGCACUGGUCUGUCUUUGAAACUUAUAGAUGAUGAAGAGUCUGGAUUACAAUGGUUUCAAAGGAUAUAUGUUUGCUUUUCUGCAUGCAAGAGAGGCUUUCUUGAAAGCUGUAGGCCGGUGGUAGGUGUGGAUAGAUGUUGGCUUAAGAAGAGCUUUGGAGGGCAGUUGUUAAGUGUUGUGGGUAUUGAUGCGAACAACAAUAUUUUUCCUAUAGCAUACGCUGUGGUUGAGGUUGAGAAAAAAAAUAGUUGGUUGUGGUUCUUAGAGUGGUUGAAGAGAGAUUUGGAUAUUGAAGAUGGUUAUAAUUGGACGUUCACGAGUGAUAAACAGAAGGGACUGAUUUCUGCUUUCGAAUCCAUUCUGCCCCAGGCUGAGAAUCGGUUCUGUGUGAGACAUUUACAUACAAACAUAAAACGUGAUGGGUAUGCAAGCAUUGCAGUGAAGAGAUUGUUAUGGGCAGCAGCUAAAGCUACCACAAUUCCGGAGUUUAAAUGA